GUGCCUCUCAGCUGUAUCCACUGGCGAUCUGAGCGAUGCCAUGGCACGCCCACAAAUUAUUCUUGUUUGCGUCAAACACUGGCAGACCAACACCCACUGGCACACAGCUAACCGCAGUCCAAUCCUCCUUCCGACUAGCGAGAAGCCAGUGCAGCCUGCUUUUGCUCUGGCCCUCGUCGGUUGAGCACCCGCACCGAGAAGCGCCGUCGAGACCUCCGCGCAAGUCCCCGACAAACUGAUCUAGAACCCCACCGCGGGUGUCCUCUACCAUCUCGACGAAAUGCGCCCAUUUCAGCCCUUGAGGGCGUCUGCGGUAUUGCUGCGUGCCCAGCGCCUCUCUUCUGAUCUGGCAACAGCCUGCAAAUCUGUGACGACGACUGCGUCUUGUUCCUCCUCCUUGCCGGCUCAUUCUCGAGUACCCCGUUCCUCGACCAGACUCAAUCUUCCUCCAGGCCGCCGCAAUAUGUCUUCCACUCCCCGCCUGCGUAGUCUUCACGUCGACAACAUCAACCCCUACGUGAAGAAUGCCAGAUAUGCGGUCCGUGGAGAACUCGCCAUCAAGUCAGAGGAAUACCGCCAUCAGUUGAUGCAUGGCGACCCUCCCACUCCACCAGAGUCUCCGUUGCCUUUCGACAGUGUUGUUACCGCCAACAUAGGUAACCCACAACAGCUUGACCAGAAGCCCAUUACAUUUUUCCGGGAAGUUCUUGCGCUGCUUGAAUACCCGGCGUUGUUGGGGAAUGAGGAGGCCCUGAAGUCGAGUUUCGGCUACAAGCAAGAUGCUAUAGACCGUGCUCGCUGGUUACUAAAACAGGUGGGAUCCGUGGGAGCGUAUUCGCAGUCUGCGGGUGUUCCUGGCAUACGACAGUCAGUUGCGAAUUUUAUUGAACGCAGGGAUGGCUUCCCUGCUGUCAAGGACGACAUCUAUCUAUGUGCUGGCGCCUCGUCCGGAGUCAACACCCUGUUCAACAUUAUCUGCGCGGGUCCCAAGACCGGCGUGCUCGUGCCUAUACCCCAGUACCCGCUUUAUACUGCGACUCUCGCCAUCAUGAACGCACGCUGCGUGCCAUAUUACCUGAAAGAGUCUCAUGCAUGGGGCACAGAUAUUGCCAUCAUCAAGAAGGCAUACGACCAAGCCGUCAGCGAAGGUACCGAUGUCCGUGCCAUAGUCAUCAUCAACCCUGGAAACCCUACCGGUGCUUCUCUGUCGGAAGACGAUGUCGAGGACGUCAUCAAGUUCGCCGCAGAAAAGAACCUUGUCAUCAUAGCGGAUGAGGUCUACCAAACCAAUGUCUUCAUUGGCAAGUUCCAUUCGUUCAAGCGUGCUUUACGGACAAUGCAACAAAGAGAACCAGGCAAAUAUGAUACUGUCGAACUUGCAUCGCUGCACUCGGUCUCCAAAGGGGUAGUGGGAGAGUGCGGACAUCGUGGAGGCUAUUUCGAGCUCGUUGGGUUUGACCCGGAGGUGGAAGACGAGAUCUACAAAUUCAUCUCGAUUCAACUCUGUCCGCCUGUGAUCGGUCAGUGUCUUGUGGAGCUCAUGGUAAACCCGCCGAAGCCGGGCGACCCGAGUUUUGAACUUUACGAUAAGGAGUACAACGGUAUCAAGAACGGCUUGAAGGAGAGAGCCACCGCGCUGUAUGAGGCGUUCAAACAGAUGGAAGGCGUGGAAGUCGGUGAACCACAGGGUGCCAUGUAUCUCUUCCCCACGAUCCAUAUACCGCCCAAAGCAUGCGAAGCAGCGAAGAAGGCAAACCGCAACCCUGACGAGUUCUACUGUCUCCGACUCCUCGACGCCACGGGAAUCUGCGUUGUACCCGGAUCGGGUUUCGGUCAGGAACCUGGCACUCUGCACUUCCGGACCACCUUCCUUGCUCCGGGCACGGAUUGGGUCAGUAGGUGGACAAAGUUCCACAAGGAGUUUAUGGACCAGUAUCGUUGAAAAGGUGCCCUGUGAUGCAUCAUGUGCUUUCAAAUCAUUGUCUACGAAUCGUCUGAUCGUCAAGCCAGCCGGGUUACGGCGUCGGUGGAAAUUGCGUGCAUUUCGCUUUGAAUGAGAGCCUGUCCGAUAGCGGCUCGUUGAAGCUGCUGCGUACUAGCUAUGUACAAGCACACGAAAUAUGUGUUGGAUUCUUGCGGGACCCCAAAAGUGUGCCUGGCCAGUCACUUUUGAGGAAAACUUUCAGUAAUGCAUGCGCGUAUAGUCCAUAGCCGUCAAUGCAUUCUUCAAGUUCGUCCCAGAAUAACCGGUCCCAAGCGACUAGUACGCCGUAUCGCGGUGAUGGCUCUGCCUUAACUUGAAGCUUCUCAGACAGCAUUCCGAGUCCUCCUGUCCCGGCCCGGCGGUAUCCUGGCGCUGCCGCGUCUCUCACCGGAGCCUUGCUCACAUAAUCCCAUCCAUGAUAUCUGAAUGCCUUGCUUCAAGUUCCUCCAUGACGGUUCUUGAUCGUGCAACCCGCUAACAAUCGAUACGGUUCUAUUUGGAGUCAGGCAUUCCAGUUCGCAAAUCGCAAAGACGUGUAAGCGGUCUCCCCUUGCACAACGGCUCACCGAACCCAAGCAGAUCUAUCCAGGUCUGUGGCUCUUCACGCCGCUGCCAGCGGUCCCUUGAGUCGGUGUACUAUCAAACCUCCCUUAUUAGGUACCUAGGUAGCUACUGCUGUGGGAGGUCUACGAUUAUCCGUUCCCUGAUAAAUGCCGGAUGCCAGUCAAUAGUCAAGUUGCUAAACAGUAGUAACAAGGCAGGUGCGCCUACCAGGCGGAGCCCCAGCAUUAUUAUAAACAUGCGAAAUCUUUGC